AUGGAUGGACUGGAGUCGGAGGACGUUGAGGUCCAAAAUGCUGUCAAAGGGUCACUCAAUGCCCUAAGUGGUGACUUUCGGCAGGAGCUCCAAGCACUUCGAGAACUUAUGUUGGGGGAGUUUGCCACCCUACGUGGCUAUGUUGAUCAGGAGCUUGGCACUUUCCACGAGCAAAUGGAGGAAAUGCGAGCGGACUGGACAUUGUGCAAACGGGCGGUGGCGUCCGGCACAGCUACUACGGGGGUAGUAGCAACCCGGGUUGAUAUUCCCAAGCCUAAGUGCUAUGGUGGGAACCGGGUAGCGAGGGAGUUGGAGAACUUCCUCUUCAGCAUGGAGCAAUACUUUGAGGCUACGGGUAUGACCGAUGAGACCAUCAAGAUACGCACGACGACCCACUACCUCACCGACCAUGCCAUGCUAUGGUGGAGGAAAAAGUAUGGUGACAUAGGCAAAGGUACGGUCUCUAUUGAUACUUGGGCUGAUUUCACUAGGGAAAUUAAGAAGCAUUUCUAUCCUGAGAAUGCCGAGGAUGAAGCUAGGGGCAGACUCCGAAGGCUAAAACAGGUUGGGUCGAUUCGGGACUAUGUGAAGGAAUUCACUAACUUGACUCUUGAGAUCCCGGAUCUAUCCGACAAGGACUCUCUUUUCUUCUUCAUGGAUGGAUUGCAGUUGUGGGCUAAGACGGAGUUGAGGCGGCGCAACGUGCAAGACCUUGCCACAGCUAUUGCAGAGGCGGAGUCCUUUAUUGAUUUCAGCUCCAAGAAGGAACCCUCGUCCAAGCCAAAAGACAAAGACAAGGACAAGGGGAGGUAUGCCGGCAAAGGUGGGGGAGACAAGGGCGCUGCACCCCACAAGGAUUGGUCCUGUAAGCCAGGUGGUGGCCAUGGAGGCAAAGAGGGAAGGGAGAACAAGGAAGGAGCACCCAAGCCUAAGGGUUCUUGCUUCAUAUGUGAUGGACCACAUUGGGUACGAGAUUGCCCAAAGCGGAAGACCCUCAAUGCCAUGACGAGCCGCUAUGAAGAGCAACAACAGGAGGAGGCGCAGAUGGGUUCAUUGCAAAUCCUUAAUGCCAUCAAGGCUAAAACUGAAGUCCCUAAGGCAGCAGCUAAAGGGCUAAUGUUCGUGGAGGCGAGCAUCAAUGGGACACCCACACGUGCUUUGGUAGACACGGGUGCAUCCCACAACUUUGUAAGUCUUGACGAGGCCAAGAGGUUGGGCCUCAAGUAUAGCAAAGAAGGGGGCUCCAUGAAGGCAGUUAACUCGGCGGCAAAGGCUAUACAUGGCAUGGCACACGGCGUCCAAGCAUGCAUUGGCGAGUGGGGUGGCCACAUAGAUCUAUCAGUGGUACGCAUGGACGACUUCAAACUAGUCCUUGGGUUGGAGUUCUUAGACAAGGUGAGAGCCUUCCCCAUUCCUUUUGCUAACACUAUGUGUAUUAUGGAAGGCAACACAGCAUGCAUGGUGCCGGUGGAGCGAGGUGCUAAGUUGGAAGCCCAAGCUUUGUCAGCUAUGCAGUUCAAGAAGGGCUUCAAGAAGGGAGAGACUAGCUACCUUGCUACGUUACUGGAGACACCCGAUGAUGAGCUAGUCCCUUCUACACAAGAAGAGGUGCCUAAGGAGAUACGAGCCGUACUAGACGAGUACACGGAUGUGAUGCCUAAGGAGCUGCCCAAGAAGCUUCCACCUAGGAGGGAGGUGGAUCAUAAGAUUGAGCUGGAACCGGGUUCUAAACCCCCUGCUUUGGUGCCCUACCGGAUGGCACCCCCAGAGUUAGAGGAGUUACAAAGGUAA